UGUACUUCGUCGCAUCCAAACAACAGUAGAAAAGUGAAUCAAAAUGGAUAGUGAUAGCGAUACAUAGAAAUUGAAAGAACGUAAACCUAAUCCAAAACCGUAGCUGAAGAUUUUCUCCUGAAAACCCUAAUCAACAAUGUCUCAUCGAGACUCCGAUUCGAAGCGUCGCCAUUCGAAGUUCGAUCGAGAACCAAGUCCCAAGAGACAUAGAAGGGAUAGGGAAAGAGUAACGUCAAAUGACGGAGGAGUGGAUCGGGAACAGAGAAACCUACCGCUGUCAAAUCGUUCUUCUAAGCAUGAAACUACUGAUGGUUCUCAUAAGAGAUUGGAUCCAAUUGAUCACUCUGAGCCGUCUAAAUAUUCGUCGCAACCGUCGAGAUCUCGGUCUUAUUAUCAGGUUGGUCGAAGCGCUGGUCAAAGGGAAGCAGAUGGAAAAGUCUAUGCUCAAAGUAAAGAGAAUAAUCAAAGGGUGGAGACAAAUCAAAGUAGAGAGCAAAGAGAUGAGAAAUCACUGGCUAAAGUGGAUGAUAAAUUUCAUAGAAGAGACACUUAUCCAGAAAGAAAAGAUGAUCCAACACCUUCUUUGAGGAAAAGGCCAGCAUUUAGGGAGAAGAAAAUUCCAGUGGAUUCGGGAGAGGUUAAUCCAGCUGGGACAGUGACAGUAAAGUCAAGCCAUACCGAUCACCCUUCAGAAAGGAAUGAAAGGAAGGAGGAUAGAGGCAGCAACCCGAACCAUUUGGAUAGAUCUGAGAAGCUAAUUGUAGAUGACAGAGCACCCUACAACAGAGAAGUUAGGAGGGACGGCUUUUCAUCAAGAGGAAGGUAUGGUGGAAAUGGAGGCAAUAGCAAUUAUAGAGGAAGAGAUAAAUUUAAUGGAAGACAAGAUUAUCAUCCUAUCAAGACUGAAACUGAGAAGUGGAAACAUGAUUUGUAUCAAGAGGUUAACAAGGACCAAAUUGCUAAGAAUGAGGAUGAUCAGAUUGCAAAGCUGGAAGCACUCCUAGCUUCUUAAUAUCACAUUGUAGGUAGUAAUUGGUAAGCUUGUUAAGGUUGUUUUCAGAAAUCAAAUCAUUAUUUCAACACAGGGCAUAUGGGAUAAUUUCCAAAGACUACCAAUUUUCACGAUUUCUUUA